UAUCAACACAGCACUAAUUUCAAACUUCAGCUCCUUUUGCCAUCUCCGUCAAACUUACCCAACGGGACUACACCGCUCAAUCAUGUAGACACCUCUCUUCGUUUUCCGUGUCCCCUUCUGCUAGGCUGUGGUGGGGCAGCGGCUAGAAAGCAGGGUCAGCCUCCUAACGUAGGCCGUAAAGCGCAACAUGUACACCCACCAGGAGCACGACCAUCAUCAAAAGCAGGAGCCGUCCUCCUGAAAAUCUCCAAUUCUCGACGCGGGUCAAGAUGGCAAUUUGUCAGCGUCUAAACUCUGCCAUAGGGGUGCCUCGAGCGGGGCACGUUCUUCAAUCCCGGCGUCGUGAAGCUUGCCAUUUCCCAGCAGGCACCUUCAGAAGCUGGCGGUUGGCUUCCGAGGAGCCUGGACACCAUCGCAGCAUAUCAAGCACGAGAGCCUCCCCGCGCAUCCAUGUCCUCGGUCUGGGAAGCAUAGGCACUUUCACAGCUCACUCGCUUGCCGAUAUACCCGCAAGGCCAGCGGUAAACCUACUGCUACAUCGUUCUUCUCUUAUGAAUGAGUACCUACGAACCCGGAAGAGGCUUCUAUUGCAGACGCGCGAGGGCCAACAGAUCGCUCAAACGGGAUAUGGCGUGGAAGUAUUGAACGGAAAAGAAUGGCACACGGUGCAGGAGUUGCGCAUAGUUGGGAAUGCUGAGGCGCUACAGCUACCAGGACCCCCAACUGACGAAAUUAUCAACGAUCUUAUCGUAUGCGUCAAGUCUACGCAGACUGUGGCAGCCCUCCAACCUCUUCUACCUCGACUCUCGCGCACGUCAAACGUUACAUUCCUGCAGAACGGAGCAGGCAUGAUAGAAGACGCAAAUAUGUUCUUGUGGCCUGAUCCUCACACGCGACCAAACUACAUUACGGGUGUGAUCUCGCAUGGUAUCACUUUGAAUGGGCCCUUUAAUGUCACCCACACAGGGCCUGCAGCAACAUCGGUAGGCCCCGUCCCGCGAGAAGACGGCGAUAUAUCACAAACACCUUCCCCUCUCUUGGAAAUCCUACCUCUUGCACCUCGCCUGAACUGUCGGGCUUACCCAUGGCCCACCAUACUCCAGAUACAACUAGAAAAGCUUGCCUGUAACGCUCUUAGCAACCCUAUCUGCGCACUCGAAGAUGCCGUGACCGCAUACAUCCUAAGCAUCCCAGAAACCAACAAGAGGCUCAUGCAAGAGAUCUCGUCUGUCAUCCUCGCUUUACCUGAACUACAGGGCGUAGAAGGAGUGAAGGAAAGGUUUUCAGCGAAAGCCCUGCACGCUACUGUUAUGGAUAUAAUCGAGAAGAACAGAGCGACGACUGUGAGCAUGGUAUGGGAUAUGAGGCAUAGGAGAGAGACGGAGAUUAGAUAUAUCAAUGGGUACUGGGCAAGGCGCGGAAGAGAAGUGGGCGCGAGAACGCCGCUGAACGAUGAGUUGGUAGAAAGGGUACAGGCGAUGACGAAAGACAGACUGCGAGAGACAAGGUCGUGAUGUGACAGUCCGUUGCGUGCUUAGAAAAGCUUUGACAUUGACCAGUUUUCGCAUUUUGCUGCCACGCAGGUGAUGAUGCAUAGUUACUAAGAACGUGUUGGCAAAGUGGUUCUGCUACCAUGGAACUCCCACGAAGCUAAGGAUGCGCCCCACUUUCAGAUGUCUCGACUUCUUCACUCAUAUCGAUCGCGUGUUUGAUGCUAGACAGUUCCAUUGUGGAUUGGUGGUGUUGCGAAGAAUUUCG